CAGGGCAGUUUAGGAGAGGCAGAGGUGAAGUGGUUGCCAUAGCAACAGAGGCGGUGAAAGGUCAUUCUGGCAUUAGCCUAGGUGGCCCAGCAGCAGGCCAGAGCUGGCAUUGAGGGGGGAUGGGAUGGGAGGCUACAAAAUUCUUUUUCUCCUCUCCCAUUCUGCCCAGAAUGGUGCUGGAAGGAAACCCCGACGUGGGGUCCCCCCGAACCUCAGACCUCCAGCACCCUGGGAGCCAGGGCUCCUGCAUCCUCUCUUCUGGUGAAGAUGUGCAGCCAGGCGAGGAGCCCAUCAAGUAUGGCGAACUCAUCGUCCUGGGAUGCUGUGAGGAAGGAGGUGAGGAAACCGAGGCUCAGAGAGGGGAAGUGACUGGUCCAAGGGCACACAGCUGCUACAAUGGUUGUCUAUCCAGUGGGGACAAGGGCCGCCGGCGAAGCCGCCUGGCACUGAACCGCAGGCCACAUGCCAACGGAGUGAAGCCAGACGUCAUGCACCAUAUCUCCACGCCGCUCGUCUCCAAGGCACUGAGUAACCGGGGCCAGCACAGCAUCUCGUACACACUGUCCCGGAGCCAUUCGGUCAUAGUCGAAUACACACAUGACAGUGACACAGACAUGUUCCAGAUCGGCCGCUCCACAGAGAACAUGAUCGACUUUGUGGUAACAGACACGUCUCCUGGAGGAGGGGUGGCCGAGGGCCCCUCUCCCCAGAGCACCAUCUCCCGCUAUGCCUGCCGCAUCCUGUGUGACCGCAGGCCGCCCUAUACUGCCCGCAUCUAUGCCGCCGGCUUCGAUGCCUCCAGCAACAUCUUCCUUGGAGAGCGGGCAGCCAAAUGGCGGACCCCCGAUGGCCUGAUGGACGGCUUAACCACCAAUGGGGUCCUGGUGAUGCACCCAGCGGGCGGCUUCUCUGAGGACUCGGCCCCAGGUGUCUGGCGGGAGAUCUCAGUCUGUGGGAACGUCUAUACUCUGAGGGACAGCCGCUCGGCACAGCAGCGGGGGAAGCUGGUGGAGAACGAGUCCAAUGUGCUGCAGGACGGCUCCCUCAUAGACCUGUGCGGGCAGCAGCCUUGGGUCUACGUUCGUUGCGGCCAUGUCCACGGCUACCACGGCUGGGGCUGUCGGCAAGAGCGGGGUCCCCAGGAGCGCGAGUGUCCUCUCUGCCGUCUCGUGGGGCCCUAUGUGCCCCUGUGGCUCGGCCAGGAGGCCGGCCUCUGUCUGGACCCCGGACCACCCAGCCACGCCUUUGCACCCUGCGGCCAUGUCUGCUCUGAGAAGACUGCCCGCUACUGGGCCCAGACACCGCUGCCCCAUGGCACGCACGCUUUCCAUGCCGCCUGCCCCUUCUGUGGGGCCUGGCUCACCGGCGAGCAUGGCUGUGUCCGCCUCAUUUUCCAGGGACCGCUGGACUAGGCUCCCAGGACCCCCUGCUGCCUCGCCCACCUGCCCACCCAGGUCCCCCACCUCCUGCAGCCUAGAGGGAGCUCUGCAUGUGGGACUCUACCUGCUGGCACCUCGCCCACCACAUGGACGCAUCGGAUGGGCUGUGCCCCUCCCCUUUUCACCCAGAGGUGUUCCUGAGGCCCGUACUCCAGCCGGAAUGAUGGGGUCCUCAGCACCAGCUCUGUCCUGGCCUGAUGGGAGAAAGCCCACCCCCAUCCCUGGCCCCUCCUGGGGUGUCUCACAUCACGCCGUCUACACUGUGCCGCUGGGGGAGUGAAAGGGCCCUGGGCCCCUGACCCCCAGUUUAGGCUGGCUGUGCCCGGAGCCUGCUGACCCAGCUUCAGCUGUUCCCCCUGCUGCUGCCGUGGGGUUCUGUAAACCUUGCUGCUCAGCUGCCCUCACCAACCCCACGCGUCCCGCAUGUGUGCCGUGCCCCAGCCCCUGACGGAGUUCCAGGCGGGCGGCAGGCUGGGACCAGCCUCUGCUGAUACCACUGUGGGCUGGACUCCAUGCCAGGUGGGUUCUGGGGACACAAAGACAAUCAGGCCUGGUCCCUGCCUGGGGGAGUACACAGCCUAGUGGACGACAGACCGCAUUGCCGAAUGACAGCAUGGCUUCCUGUGUGCCCGGGUUGGAGAGUUAGCAGAGGCUGCGGUGCGGGUCUCACCGGCAGGUGGAAAAGUGAGGGAGGGUCACAGGGGAGGUGGCAUAGGAGCUCAGGGAUCCCCCACAGGAAGGGGAGGGUGCCCUUGGCAGGAGGGAGAGGGAACACAGGCUCAGAGGUAAGGAAGCAGGAACUGAGUGGGGUUCAGAGGGGCUGGAGCAGGGGCUCCCGGAGGGCAGGAGGUUGGGGCUGUGCUGACAGGGAAGAUGCUGGAUGGAGGAUUCGGAAUCUCAUUUGCAGACAGUCAGGAGCCGAGGGAGGAGAGAGGACUCGCAGUUCCAGAGCUUUGGCUGUGAUAUAAGGGCUACCAUUCCCGAAUGCCCACUUGUGCCCCGCACUGUGCUAAUGAUAAUAAUAACUAUGUUCAUCGAUCACUCACCAGGCAUCAGGCUCUGCUUCUCAGAGGUUUGGGUAUUUAAUCCUCCUGGGAACCCAGGGAGGGAGGUGUUACCAUUCCUAUUUAUGGGCAGAUUAAGGCACGUGCUCCACGUCCCGCUGCUAGGAAGUGGCCAGGUCAGCUUCCCGUCCACGGCUGCCUGCCUGGACGCAGGGCCUGCCCUCUUCUCCAUUACACGGUGCUGCUUUCCUUGGACUGGGUGGGAGCUGUGGGGAGGGCAGCCCAGGUAAGGGGAGCAGCCUGGGCACAGGUGCGGCCCGGAAAAUGGGCCGGGUGUGGAGGGGGCAGAAAAGAGGGUGGGGACAUUGGACUGGGGCCUGGUGGGCUGUGGUUGCCAUGGAGGCCAAUCUGAAUCGGAUCCCUGAGAGCCAAGACAAGCUGGGGGUGCUGCUGAGGUUGCCCCCAGACUAUGUCUAGGGCAACGGUUGCCAACCGGUGGUCCGCCGACCACUGGUGGUCCGUGAGGUCCGAAAGGUUGGCGACCGCUGCUCUAGGGGGAGUGAGCUAGGGUGACAGGUAGACAGAGGUUCUGGAGAUAUAAAAACCUGAAGAAGAGGCUCUGAAUACAAGCCUGACCUAGACAUCAUCCCCAGUGGAAGAUGGCUGUCUUAGGGAGUGCAGAUUCCUGGGGGGGGUGGGGGGGUGGGGGGGAGAGGACGCGGCCGCCCCAGGCCGCACAGCCAGUGGGAGCACAGAGACCCGACCUGGGGCUAUUGAGAGGACAGAGGGCCCCCAUGAGUGGUGAGAGGGGGACAUGAUCAGCCUUGCCUCCAGAGCAUCACACUGCCAGAGUAGGGGAGCCCCGCUGGGGAUGCUGGGAGGGGUAUGGAAGCAUGGCGGCUCCUACACACACACACAACACUAAGAAUCCAACUCUACCCAGUGGUUUUCUCUCGACCCGGUUGGGAACCAGAUGGGAACAUCCUGGUCCCAGGUCUAGCAGGGAAUCUCAGACUCUGGAAGAGAGAUGAGCAACAGGCACAGGCACAACCCCAAGGAGAACCCAGAAGUGGUGGUGGAGGGGAUCAGACAGCCCUGGUCUGGGCCAUGCUCUGCCCUUUUCCACUCCUGGAGUCUCCGUUUUCUCAGUUGUUAAAUGGAAUAAAAGUCCCGUCACCAGGUGGUUGUGAAUUA